CCCCUCGCUCUCCUCCUCCUCCUCCUCCUCCUCCACAUCCGAACGAAUCGUCUUCUCCUAGGUCGUAUCCUCUUCUCCCCUCGCUCAAACCCCCUCGCUCUCCUCCUCUUCCUCCGUCGCCGCAACCGAUGAGCUAGGGUUCCGGCGGCCGGAGUUCGGCCGUGAGGCUCUCGCGGGGACCGUCGCCGGCGGAGUAAGCGCCAAACGUCGAGGCAACGACGGUGGUGGGGAGGCAGGAGUCCGGCGACCCGGUUGUGCUCGCGGCGGCGUCGAAGGCGUGGAAGGGGUAGACGGAGAAGAAGAAUGCUUUGAUUUGAAUCUGGGAUUUAUGCUGUACAGAGUUCUACAUUAUGCAUUCGCCGCCCUACAUUGAUUUGUCUGCUUGCUAUGCCUCGGGGAAGUAUUCAGAUCUAGAGGCCUUCAUCCAAUCAAAUGUUGAGAAGUUUCAGUCUGACAAUAAUCUUGGAUUGGUGAAGCAAGUCCUAUCUUCUUUAUACAAGCGCAAUAUCCAGAGACUAACACAGACUUACUUGACUUUGUCCCUCCAAGACAUAGCCAAUGCUGUGCAACUGAAGACCCCGAAGGAAGCUGAAAUGCAUGUUCUACGGAUGAUUCAAGAUGGGGAGAUAUUUGCUACGAUAAAUCAGAAGGAUGGAAUGGUUUCAGACGCAUCUAGCGCUCGUAAUAUUCAUCCACAACUUCAUUGCCCUUCAAGCCCUUUCUCCACCGCCACUGCCACUGCCAUCGCCGCUCACAUCUCUCUUCUCCUACUACUAUUUCUCUUACUGCUGUGACUGUUAGUAGGAGUGGCGUUGUCAUUGUCGUCGGCAGCAGCAACAUCGGCGUUGUCGGCAGCAUCGUCAUUGGCAGUGUCGGCGUCGGCGUGGUCGUCUGUGGCAGCC